AUGGCCAAGCCAAGAUAUCUGGGCCUCAAUGGCACCAAACUUCAAAUUGCCAUCGGUCUUUUGGCCGGUAUGGAUUUCCUACUAUUCGGUUACGACCAAGGCGUGACGGGAGGUCUUCUCACGUUGGACUCGUUCCGGAAAUACUUCCCCACCAUUGAUACGACGGCGGACGGCUUGCGCGGCCUGACGGCGGCUCAGCAGAGUGCUCAAUCGACUCGUCAGGGUAUCACGGUGGCAUCCUACAACUUGGGUUGUUUCGCGGGUUCCAUUCCGACCAUUUGGAUCGGAAACAUGCUCGGUCGCCGCAAGGCCAUCUUUCUCGGUUCCUUUAUUAUGGUGAUCGGCGCGAUUCUGCAAUGCACCUCGUUCGGACUGGCGCAAUUCAUCGUCGGUCGAUUGGUCACUGGGUUUGGCAAUGGAAUCAACACGUCCACUGUCCCCACCUGGCAAUCCGAGUGCUGCAAGUCUCAUCGCCGUGGUCAGAUGGUCAUGAUCGAAGGUGCUAUGAUCACCUUUGGUAUCAUGAUCAGUUACUGGGUGGAUUUCGGAUUCUUGUUCUUGGAUCCCAACGAAGUAGCCUGGCGGUUCCCACUGGCCUUCCAGAUCUUCUUUGCUUUGAUUAUCCUCGGCUUCGUGAUGUUCCUGCCCGAAUCGCCUCGCUGGCUCAUUCUCAAGGGCCGUGAAGACGAGGCCCGCCAGGUCCUCGCAUGCUUAUCGGGCAACGAGGCCGACGACACCUACCUCGAUACUGAAUUCACGGCGAUCAAGGCGACCGUGUUGGAGAUGGCCAAGGGCUCAUUCCGCGACAUGUUUACCGUGGGCAGAGACCGUCACUUCCAUCGAACCAUGCUCGCCUAUGUCAACCAGUGCUUCCAGCAGAUCUCCGGCAUCAACUUGAUCACCUAUUACAUCCCAACCUUGCUCGAGGGCCAGGUUGGACUCAGCCCUACCUUGUCCCGCCUGAUCGCCGCGUGUAACGGAACGGAAUAUUUCCUUGCCUCGUGGGUGGCUGUGUUCACGGUCGAGAAGUUCGGUCGUCGCACUCUGAUGAUCUUUGGUGCCGCUGGCAUGUCGUUAUCUAUGGUGGUCCUGGCUAUCACCGACAGCAUCUCCUCUGCACAUCCCAAGACGGAUCUAGGAACUCGUGCGGGUAUCGCGCAGGCCGUCUUCCUCUUCGUCUUCAAUACCUUCUUCGCGAUUGGUUGGCUGGGCAUGACCUGGCUCUAUCCGGCCGAAAUUGUUCCGUUGAAGAUUCGUGCUCCAGCCAACGCUCUGUCCACUUCGUCCAACUGGAUCUUCAACUUUAUGGUCGUGAUGAUCACCCCCGUCGCCUUUAACAAUAUCGGAUACCAGACCUAUAUCAUCUUUGCGGUCAUUAACGCUGCCAUCGUUCCCUCUGUCUACUUCUUCUUCCCCGAGACCACCAGGAGAUCCUUGGAGGAAAUGGAUCGUAUCUUCUGGAAGACAACCAACGUUUUCGACUGUGUCAAGAUCGCCCGCAACGAGCCACACAUGUAUGGUCGCAAGGGCGAACUUUUGCGCACCUUGUCUGAUGUGGAAGAUGAGGCCAUCCGCCGUGCCAGCGCACAAGUCGGCGCAUCCCGAAAAUCGACCAAGGAGCACCAUGAGCAUCUUGAGAACGGCUCUGGUUCGAGUUCGAGCGGUGUUCUGGACACCACUGAGAAAUGA